ACGACGAGAAUUCAAUAUAACGAGAUAAAAUUUUCAAAAUAAAUUGAAAAUAAGGAAUACUAAUAUUUCGCCCCGGCAUACAGGGCUUCAUCAGAGUAGAUGAAACGAACGAGUGAAUGAAUUUGAAAUGUGAGAUGGUGAUACCGGAUUGGUGGAUGUUGAAUGGUGUGAUUGCAGCGCAGUGGAGAAAAAAUGGGAUGCAAAUUUAGUCUCAAAAAAAUAAUGGGUUUUAGGAUUCAUAAAAAAACCUCCAACAACUAGCGAUAUAAAUAUACAAAACAGUAAAUAACUAAGAUCCAAUACUUGUGAAAGAGAUAUUACAGCUAAAUGAGGUUGCAUAAAUGAUGGUUUACGAAACGAAUCGUUUAUACAAAAAGCCAUGAGCUUGUACAAUAUCCGAAAGAUGCAAUGAACCGUGGAAUUCUUUAUCAUUAGACAUUUGAUUGGCAGAAAGUAGACUAUACAAGCAUUUACUUCUAAUAUUGUGUAAGAACAACCUUUAUCGGUGUUAAUAUUUCUUGUUACAAGUUGGUGUUAAAUUAGCUAUUUAGUAGCUAUUUUUUUGCAAACUAACAUUAAAAAAGAAGUAAAAUCGGCAAACUUAUGAAAAACUGUCAAUGGUUGGUAUGAAAUACUGGUCGUUACUUUUACACCCUCCUCAAUCAUUGACAAUAAAUCAUACCAUUUAAAGGAAUUGCAGCAAUAAGAAAUUGACCAAACGGCAAUGGCCGGCUGGGUUGACCUGGUAUCUUCUAAUUAAUGCGUAAUCAACAUCUAUUUAAGCGACCUUUCCUUUAAUUUUGUCACAGCUAAGAGUUUUUAUGAUAGCUCAUUAAUGACAAAUUAAGGCGGGAGAGGCAAAUAAAAGCCUUCCAAAGUGAGACAUAUCGCCGAGGUAUCAGUAUUGAUGCGAGUUACUUUCAAGACUUGGUCAAAAUGAGAGGUAUGAUUUUCGCAUUAGAUGUUGCCUUGGUUUGCCUAGUAGGGCUUGAAGGAAUUUAUGGUUUGACAUGUUUGCGAUGUGAAGAGCAGAAGUGCCCAGAUGUACGAUCGUUGGAUUGCAAAGGGGGAACAACUCUUGACGCAUGUGGUUGUUGUACAGUCUGCGCGAAAGUUGAAGGUGAGAAAUGCGGGGGCCCAUGGAAUAUUGGAGGAGUGUGCGAUAAAGGGCUGGUCUGUAGCCCCAAGAGCAACAUUGAAACCGGGCGAUGUGUAAAUCCAAACGGAGGAGGCAAACGACUGCCAAGAUGCAAAGCUGUCCGUAAAUACUCUAGUUUCAGAAAAUCUGGGUACAGACGCUGUCUCAGAAGAAGGACAGUUUUCUGCAAUAAGUGCUGUGAAAGGUGUUGUGAACAUUCUACGACCUGCAAUCCUGAUGUUUAUAACUACAUUCCACGCAAUCGUUGUCGAAGGCAGGAAAGACUUCAUGUUCCAAGAAGACUUCAGUUAGGAGAUGAGGAAAAUGACGAAAAUGAAGUGGACCUACCAGAAGAAGAUAUUAAAAUGUAGAAUGGACGCUAAUUUACAUAUGAGUUAGACGUUUUGAUUAAACCUAACAAGUUUCUUUCAAUAUAAAUGCCUUCUUGAAGGACUCUGUUAUUCUACUCAACUAAGAAAUGGAUUAUUCUACUGUCAGCAAACAUUGGAUCUUCCUUUAAUCAGUAAAAGGGCAUUUGAAAAAAAUUCCCAGCUUCUACUAAUUUUUUGUCUUUCAUUUUAUUUCGAUCUUCUGUAGGCACCUUGAGAGGCUAACUUCUGGUUUAAGAAAUUUUGUACAAAUUUUGUGAGAAAUGUC